AUGAUCUUACUACCAUGUUUUAUCCUAUUGAUUCCACUCUCCAUUGUUUUAUCGGAUUUAAUCCCACCAGAUCAAGAUCCAUUUUAUAAUCCACCAAAAGGUUUUGAAUUGGAACCAUUAGGUUCUAUUUUAAAAAAUCGUACCACUCCCAAUAAAUUAAAUAACUUAUUCUUCACUUUUGAUGUCAAAAAUUCAUGGCAAUUGAUGUAUAGAUCAUCAAAUUCAUUUGAUCAAGCAGCUGUAGUGGUAAUGACAGUAAUUGAACCUUUUAAUGCAUCAACAAAUAAAGUACUAUCAUAUCAAACAUUUCAAGAUUCUGCCAAUUUUAAUUGCUGUCCAAGUUAUGGCUUUCAAAAUGGAGCUCCAAUAUCAACACUUGCAUCACAAUUAGAUAUGAGAUUUUUCUUACCAGCUUUAAGGAAAGGUUAUUAUGUUAUAAGUUCAGAUUAUGAAGGUGUUAAUUCAAGUUUCGCAGUUGGUAGAACUCUGGGAUAUGCAGUAUUGGAUGGUAUUAGAGCAGCUACUAAUUCAAGAGAUAUAACUGGAAUUGAACCACUGGCUAAAUUUGUAUUGUUUGGAUAUUCUGGAGGUAGUUUAGCAUCAAGUUGGGCAAUUUCAUUACAACCAAAAUAUGCACCUGAUUUGAAAAAUUAUAUUUUAGGAUGUGCAAUGGGAGGUUUAGUUACAAAUAUUACUGCAACUGCUGAAGCAACUGAUGGUAGUACAUUUUCCGGAUUAAUCCCAUUAGCUUUAAAUGGAUUGUGUAAUGAAUAUGAAAAUUUCAAAGAAAUAGUUUAUUCCAAAAUUAAAUCUAGUAUAAAAUUAUUGAAUUUUAAAGAGGCGACAUCGAAAUGUUUCGUAACUGGAUUAAUAACGUAUCAAAAUAUGAAUUUUUUCAAUGGUGAAAAUCGAACAUUUGAAGAUGGUUUUAGUAUUUUAGAUAUUCCAAUUAUUUCACAAAUUAUUGAAUCAAAUAAUUUAAUCAAUUUAAAUAGUUCUUAUUUACCACAGGUUCCUAUAUUUAUAUAUCAUGGAACCUUAGAUGAUAUUGUCCCCAUAUCUGGAGUUUAUAAAAUUUAUAAGAAAUGGUGUGAUUGGGGUAUUAAAUCUUUGGAAUUUUCAGAAAGUUUAUUAAAUGGUCAUAUAACUGAACAAAUAUUUGGAGCAGCUGCGGCUAUUACAUGGAUUGAUAAUAUAUUCAAUGGUUUUGAAGGUGUUAAAGGUUGUUCUCAUACAAAAAGAUUAAGUAAUUUAUGGUCUUAUCCAAACAUCACUGAUGAAACUAAAAAUUACUUUUUAAGUAUGGAUUAUUCAAUUUUGGAUUUUAUAUUGGGGAAGAAUUUUAAAGUAAAACGAUGA